AGGUAAUAAUUACAUAUUUUCUUGAUUUAAAUGGGGAGGGAAUUCAAUCAUUGAAAAGAAGCGAAUCUAAGGCUUUCCAAUUUCUAUUUAUUUUCCGACGGAUCUUUCCAGUUCAAAAUCGAAACCCUAAUUUCUUGAAAUUUUCUGAUACGAAAAAAAUGGGAUUGUGGGAAACUUUUCUCAAUUGGCUUCGAAGUCUCUUUUUCAAGCAAGAAAUGGAGUUAUCUUUAAUAGGCCUCCAGAAUGCUGGAAAAACAUCCCUAGUUAAUGUCAUUGCAACUGGUGGAUAUAGUGAAGACAUGAUACCAACGGUAGGAUUUAAUAUGAGGAAGGUAACCAAAGGAAAUGUCACAAUAAAGUUGUGGGAUCUUGGGGGUCAACCAAGGUUUCGGAGUAUGUGGGAGAGAUACUGCCGCGCUGUUUCAGCCAUUGUCUAUGUUGUGGAUGCUGCCGAUCAUGAUAACUUAUCUGUCUCAAGAAGAGAACUCCAUGACCUGUUAAGUAAAUCCUCACUGAAUAGUAUUCCCCUGCUGGUACUCGGAAACAAGAUAGACAAACCAGAAGCCUUGUCUAAGGAGGAUUUGACAGAGCAAAUGGGGCUCAAGUCUAUUACAGAUAGAGAAGUUUGUUGCUUUAUGAUUUCAUGCAAGAACUCUACCAACAUUGAUACGGUGAUUGAUUGGCUUGUGAAGCAUUCAAAAUCAAAGAAUUGAUGUGUCAAAGUUCUUGUACCGUUUCAGCUUGUGAUUAUAAUCAGUUACCGUUGCUUCUUCGUCCAGGUUGGUCAAUAUGACUUUGCUGUCUGUCUGUCUAACAGGGUUUGUCCAUGUCUGACACCAUAGUCUUAAUUUUCCAACUUGGCUUUAAUCAUAAGUAUUGUUUGGUGGGUGAGUCGGGCAUAAAUUUGUUGAUCCUUUUUAAUGUACAGACAUUGCGUUGUAAACAUGGUAAACCUGUUGUGGUUUUGAAUCAAAUAAAGUGUUUUGAUGCA